AGCAAGAGAAAUCCACACUUGAGCCGAUCUGCCCGCCGCUGCAGACCUGAGCUCUUCCGCUGCUUAUUCAGAGUCCUGAAUCGCUGCGUUGCUGCUUAAGACGCCAGGAUGCAGUGCGUUUCGGUCUUUCCAAAGGUGGCGUGGAUUCUUCUAGCCUUGUGUUCGUGCAGUGUCAACAAUGUUUCCGGCGCUGAAGGAAAAAAUCGACAAGAACUAGUCUGCAUGCAGACGAUGGCCUGCCACGAACUCAACGGCAACUGCACCGACAGCUGCGUCACUGGCCUGAUUCCCCUCGACGACCGCUGCCAGGGCGGCUGCGUCUGCUGCGUCGAGCGUCAGUGUCAGAAUACGGUCAACUGCGCAUUCAUGGGAGGCCAUUGUGACUCGACCUGUGAAGACGAUGAAUUCGAUUACCCUGAUCUAUGUCCCUCCGGAAACUGUUCCUGCUGCGUGAAAAAGGAGUGCACGCAAAGUAAAUGCUGCAGCUUUUCUGGAGGGAGAUGCGACCGGGCUUGCAACGAUGGAGAAGUUGCAGAGGAAGAUCUUUGUGUGGGAGACUGUGUUUGCUGCUUCCAAGACACGUGCCCGGACAGCCCCAAGUGCCAGGCGCUGGACGGGCGCUGCGUGGAGAGCUGCGAGGCCGACGAGCUGGCCGUCCCGUGGCUCUGCGGAGGCGAAAACUGCACCUGCUGCGUCCAGAACAACUGCAACCAGACCAAGUGCUGCGAAGCCUUCGGCGGAAGCUGCGGCAAGGUGUGCUACGAGGGCGAGGCGCCCAUUGAGGGCGUGUGCGAAGGAACGUGCCAGUGCUGCGUCAAGGCCCCGUGUGAGCAGAGCAACUGCUGCACCGUGCUGGGCGGCAGCUGCAACGCCACGUGCGGCCGAGGCGAGAGAGCCGUUGAGGGCGUCUGCAACGGAGAGCACUGCCUCUGCUGCGUGCCAGACCCUUGCCCCGAGACCUCCGCCUGCGCAGAUAUGGGAGGCUACUGCAAUGGCUCGUGUGGGAGGCUUGAGAUCGGUCUUGCGGGCCGCUGCCUCAGGGAACCUUGCCUCUGCUGCGUCGAAAGGGGGCCCACAGCCGCGCCUACGACCACGUCUACUCCAGCCACCUCUUCUACGACCACGUCUACUGCAGCCACCUCUUCUACGACCACGUCUACUCCAGCCACCUCUUCUACGACUACAUCUACUGCAGCCACCUCAACUUAGACCACGUCUAAUGUACCACGAUUACUACAGUAAUCUCAGAGUCCUAGCUAGAGACGCUCCGAAAUCUACAAUAGCAGCAUUUCUGCGCUGUCAACAAAUCAGCAAGAGUAGAGAUUCUUGCCUCAACAUUUUUUUUUUUUCUGAGAUUUGAUUUGCAGUAAAAAUGUACUAUCUAGGUUUGUUUUAUUGGAUUUAAUUGCUUUUACAUUUGGUUCUAUACACUGGCUGUCUUGUGAGUUUUUACUUUGAAAGAAAUGCUUAAGAUAUUGCACAGGAGUUUUUGCAAUAAAGAUUCGCAAAAUUAAGUGUAUGAUAUACCUAUAUAUGCUCCUGC